AAUGAGAGAAGUCAUAUCUAUUCACGUAGGAUAAGGAGGUAUUUAAGUUGGUAAUGCCUGUUGGGAAUUAUUCUGUCUUGAACACGGAAUCCAACCAGAUGGUUAAAUGCCAUCAGACAAGACAAUCGGAGGAGGAGAUGAUGCCUUCAACACCUUUUUCUCUGAAACUGGUGCAGGAAAGCACGUCCCAAGAGCUGUCUUUUUGGAUUUGGAACCAACAGUUAUUGAUGAAGUCAGAACAGGAACAUACAGAUAAUUAUUCCACCCAGAAUAAUUGAUUUCAGGAAAAGAAGAUGCUGCCAACAACUUCGCCAGAGGUCACUAUACAAUCGGAAAGGAAAUCGUCGAUUUGUGCUUAGACAGAAUCAGAAAGUUAGCUGAUAACUGCACAGGUCUCUAAGGUUUCUUGGUCUUCCACUCAGUCGGAGGAGGAACAGGAUCAGGAUUGGGAUCACUUUUAUUGGAAAGAUUGUCAGUCGAUUAUGGUAAGAAAUCUAAAUUGGGUUUCACCAUCUAUCCAUCACCAUAAGUUUCAACAGCCGUCGUUGAACCAUAUAACUCCAUCUUGUCAACCCACUCAUUGUUGGAACACACUGAUGUCUGUGUCAUGUUGGAUAAUGAAGCCAUUUAUGAUAUUUGCAGAAGAAAUUUGGAUAUUGAAAGACCAACAUACACAAACUUGAACAGAUUGAUUGCUUAAGUCAUUUCAUCAUUGACAGCUUCAUUGAGAUUUGAUGGUGCCUUGAAUGUCGAUAUCACUGAAUUCUAAACCAAUUUGGUGCCAUAUCCAAGAAUCCACUUUAUGCUUUGCUCAUAUGCUCCAAUCAUCUCAGCUGAAAAAGCUUAUCACGAAUAAUUAUCAGUUGCUGAAAUCACAAACUCAGCCUUUGAACCAGCCAACAUGAUGGCUAAGUGUGAUCCAAGACAUGGUAAAUACAUGGCUUGCUCCAUGCUUUACAGAGGUGAUGUCGUCCCCAAGGAUGUCAAUGCUGCUAUUGCAACAAUCAAGACAAAGAGAACAAUCUAAUUCGUCGAUUGGUGCCCAACAGGAUUCAAGGUCGGAAUCAACUAUCAACCACCAACAGUCGUCCCAGGAGGUGAUUUGGCUAAGGUUAUGAGAGCUGUUUGUAUGAUCUCCAACUCAACUGCUAUUGCUGAAGUUUUCUCCAGACUUGAUCAUAAAUUCGAUCUUAUGUAUGCCAAGAGAGCCUUCGUCCACUGGUACGUCGGUGAAGGUAUGGAAGAAGGAGAAUUCUCUGAAGCCAGAGAAGAUCUUGCUGCCUUAGAAAAGGAUUAUGAAGAAGUUGGUAUUGAAACUGCUGAAGGAGAAGGUGAAGAAGGAGAAGCAUGAAAAAUCAAUAUAUAUAUAAAUCNGAUAAUUAUUCCACCCAGAAUAAUUGAUUUCAGGAAAAGAAGAUGCUGCCAACAACUUCGCCAGAGGUCACUAUACAAUCGGAAAGGAAAUCGUCGAUUUGUGCUUAGACAGAAUCAGAAAGUUAGCUGAUAACUGCACAGGUCUCUAAGGUUUCUUGGUCUUCCACUCAGUCGGAGGAGGAACAGGAUCAGGAUUGGGAUCACUUUUAUUGGAAAGAUUGUCAGUCGAUUAUGGUAAGAAAUCUAAAUUGGGUUUCACCAUCUAUCCAUCACCAUAAGUUUCAACAGCCGUCGUUGAACCAUACAACUCCAUCUUGUCAACCCACUCAUUGUUGGAACACACUGAUGUCUGUGUCAUGUUGGAUAAUGAAGCCAUUUAUGAUAUUUGCAGAAGAAAUUUGGAUAUUGAAAGACCAACAUACACAAACUUGAACAGAUUGAUUGCUUAAGUCAUUUCAUCAUUGACAGCUUCAUUGAGAUUUGAUGGUGCCUUGAAUGUCGAUAUCACUGAAUUCUAAACCAAUUUGGUGCCAUAUCCAAGAAUCCACUUUAUGCUUUGCUCAUAUGCUCCAAUCAUCUCAGCUGAAAAAGCUUAUCACGAAUAAUUAUCAGUUGCUGAAAUCACAAACUCAGCCUUUGAACCAGCCAACAUGAUGGCUAAGUGUGAUCCAAGACAUGGUAAAUACAUGGCUUGCUCCAUGCUUUACAGAGGUGAUGUCGUCCCCAAGGAUGUCAAUGCUGCUAUUGCAACAAUCAAGACAAAGAGAACAAUCUAAUUCGUCGAUUGGUGCCCAACAGGAUUCAAGGUCGGAAUCAACUAUCAACCACCAACAGUCGUCCCAGGAGGUGAUUUGGCUAAGGUUAUGAGAGCUGUUUGUAUGAUCUCCAACUCAACUGCUAUUGCUGAAGUUUUCUCCAGACUUGAUCAUAAAUUCGAUCUUAUGUAUGCCAAGAGAGCCUUCGUCCACUGGUACGUCGGUGAAGGUAUGGAAGAAGGAGAAUUCUCUGAAGCCAGAGAAGAUCUUGCUGCCUUAGAAAAGGAUUAUGAAGAAGUUGGUAUUGAAACUGCUGAAGGAGAAGGUGAAGAAGGAGAAGCAUGAA